AUGAAGACGCCUAAGAAAAGCCUCUCUGACUUCGCUACAAUAGUCUCUGACCUUUUUAAGACGACUCAUAGCUUUAUGCAAGAGACUCAGUCCUCAAUUCGGAACUUGGAAAUACAAGUGGGUCAGUUGAGCAGCAAGAUACCUGAGAGACCUUUCAACACCCUUCCAAGCAACAUAGAGGUAAAUCCAAGAGAGGAGUGCAAAGCUCUUACUAUGAGAAAGAAGGCCGAACUCAAGAAAGAGGAUGCUGCUAAGGAUUUGAAAGAGGAAGAGGCUCCAGAGGAGACUGGGAGUGCACUUGUACAUGCCUCAGUGGUCAUGAAAGAGCUUGAAAUUCAAGACCUUCAGAACGUGCAAAAGGAGACCAAGGAUGAGCGACUUGCUCAAUUCUUGGCAGUCUUCAAGAAGUUACAAAUCAAUAUUCCUUUUGCCGAGGUGUUGGAGAAGAUGCUUCCCUAUAUGGCCUGUCUGAAAAGUGUAUUCUCUGAGAAGAAGGCCCUGAGGGGAUAUGAAACUGUGGUACUGACCAAGGAGUGCAAUGCUCUAGUGCAAAAGAAGCUACCUCAGAAAUCGCUAGAUCCCGAAAGCUUUCUGAUUCCCUGUACUAUAAGGACCAUCACAUUUGAGAAGGUACUAUGCGACCUUGGAUCAAGCAUAAAUCUAAUGCCUCUUUCUAUAAUGAAGAAGCUGGGAAUCCAAGAGGCACAACCUACAAGGAUCUCAUUGAAGAUGGCAGACAAAUCCUUAAAGCCGGCAUAUAGAGUAGUGGAGAAGGUCCAUGUAAAGGUUGAAGACCUUUACCUCCCUGCAGACUUCGUGAUACUUGAUACUGGAGAAGGCAAGGAUAACUCCAACAUCCUAGGAAGGCCAUUCCUUGCUAUUGGGAGAGCUUUAAUUGAUGUAGAGAUAGGAGAGAUAGUUCUGAUGAUGCAUGAGGACUAUUUGUUGUUCAAGAUUCCCAAACCUCAACCUCUCUCAGAUAAAGGAGGUACUAGAAUAUAG